AUGUUUCCUACUCCUACGGCUUUAAGUAUUGGUAUCCGGCGGUCAAGAUUGCAAAUUGAAGUGAUCAAAUUUUAUCGUGAAUGUUGUAAAGCUGUAAAAAGAAAACCACCGGUUUCAACAAUUUCUAAGAACUCA